AAACAACAAACGCUAAUUCCAGCUUGUGAGUGAGGGAGCAUCGCAACAUCUUCACCAUCAACAAACCUCAUCGAGACGAUGCCCGACCCACGGACAUACAUGGAUAUGGCGCUGCCCCUUGUCAAGACGCUGCCCGAGUGCGCCGACUACUUCAAGACGGUAGAGCCGUUCCUUCCCCAAUACUACGACCUCCCGCACAAGGUCGCAGCACACAUAACCGACCCACAGGCACUCAAGGCCCUCUACGUCAACACCAACCCGCUUAUGACAGCGCUGGCUUUUGCCACCAUGUUCGUCACCCCUAUCGUGCUUGCCGUCUCGGAGAUCAACCGCAACUACUCGCAAGUCGACCGGCUGUGGAGUCUGCUGCCCGCCAUCUACAAUGUCCACUACGCAGUUUGGGCCCAUCUCAACGGACUGCCAACAAUGAAGCUGGAUCAUGUCAUGGCUGUCUCCAUCAUCUGGGGUGCUCGCUUGACCUUCAACUACUGGCGCAAGGGCGGAUACCAAGUUGGCAGCGAAGACUACAGAUGGAACAUCGUCAAGGACUACGUUGGUGGACCUGGCAUGUUCAUCUUCAAUGUCACCUUCAUCUCGCUUGGGCAGAAUAUUCUGCUCUGGCUCAUCACCACGCCUACGUACAUCCUCCUUCUCGCCAAUCGUCUCAAGGGCAACGACAUCACAUCCUACGAUUCCUUGUUUGGCCGUUCCAUGGUCGCUAUCGUUGUUCUUGAGUUCUUCUCCGAUCAAGCGCAAUGGAACUACCACAAAGCCAAGGGUGCAUACCAGAAGACCGCCAAGGUACCAUCUGACCUUAAAUACACACGUGAGCAAUUAGACCGCGGAUUCAACACAACCGGUCUUUUUGCCUGGUCGCGCCACCCCAACUUCGCCGCUGAACAAGCCUUUUGGGUAUGCUUGUACCAAUGGUGCUGCUUGGAGACUGAGACCUACGCCAACUGGGCAUUCGCAGGUGCAUUCGGAUACCUGAUCCUGUUCCAGGCCAGCACUUGGCUCACCGAGCUGCUCAGCGCGGGCAAGUACCCUGAAUACAAGGUCUACCAAGAACGUGUCGGCAAGUUUCUUCCCAAGUUCGGCACCAAGAGCAUGGAGCUGCCGCAAACUGAAAAGGAGAAGCAGAAAGUCAAGGACGCAAAGGCCGGUAAGGGUGCUAUGAAAACUAAGUGAGUUCAUGUAGCAAAGACCUAUGAAGGCGUUCCGAGACGUAAAGCUAGCUAGGGGAGGGUGUGGGCUGUGCGUCCAGUCGAGGCAAGCUGGCGAUGUGAGCAGAUCUGACGACAAAGAUGCGGUUUCGACAUGAGCAUGUUCACAUGACCAACAUACAUAUUAAUUUAAUUAACUAGUAUCAUGAAUUGAAGAAAGUAAGACAGCUACUCUGUCUCACCCCGAGAGAAGAAUACUCACGCGCCUUGUUAUUCUACAUUCCUGACGACUAUUUACAACAUGUAGAUAAAGAACACUAUCAAAAGAGGAGAGUAAGACGUAGU